UAACAUCAAUACAGGAGGCAUCUGAGAGAAGGCGCUCCACCAGUGCCCUUCACGCGUCCCAACCGCGCUAAAAUUCACAGAAAAGAUCCGUCAAAACGCAUCCUAUAUUCUGCGAGCUGGGUUAUUAAAGGUGCAUCUUAGUGUGCGCGCAGCGCGCGUGAGAGAAGAGGGGUCGCGCGAAGAAAGGAGAGCACCUGUGCGACGUCACUCCGCCCUACUUUACUCCGAACUCCAAGAGCGCGCUGUACUUCCUCAAACGGCUCAAUCACAGAAUAAAUCAGGCGGCUCGGAGAAAGCUCAAUUUCUUCGUGGGAGAGGCUGUGCAUGAGGGGUUGCCAUGGCCCCUUUCUUGAGAAUUGCGUUUAACGCCUUUGAUCUUGGCACAUUCUCACCAAUGGCUGAGUCACCUUUCUGCGCCGUCAAAAUGAAGGAAGCUCUGAGCACCGAGCGAGGAAAAACAUUGAUCCAGAAGAAGCCCACCAUGUAUCCUACCUGGCGAUCCACUUUUGAUGCACAUAUUUAUGAGGGACGUGUCAUACAAGUGCUGCUCAUGAGAACUGCAGAGGAACCUUUAGCUGAAGUCACAGUGGGCGUGUCCGUUUUGGCAGAGCGAUGCAAAAAGGCUAACGGUUGUGCAGAAUUUUGGGUUGAUUUGCAACCUUCUGGGAAGGUUAUGAUGUCUGUACAGUUAUUUUUGGAGGAUACAGAUACAGAAAGUCGGCAGUCAAUGGUGGUAGAAGAAGAGGCACCGACUCUUAAUCGACGUCGUGGAGCUAUUAAACAAGCUAAGAUUCACUGCAUCAAAAACCAUGAGUUCAUCGCCACCUUCUUCAGACAGCCCACCUUCUGCUCUGUCUGCAGAGAUUUCGUUUGGGGUCUCAAUAAACAAGGUUACAAGUGUCGACAAUGCAAUGCAGCGAUUCACAAGAAGUGCAUUGAUAAAAUUAUUGGAAGGUGCACAGGCACAGCAGCAAAUAGUCGAGACACUGUGUUUCAGAAAGAGCGGUUUAAGAUUGACAUGCCACAUCGGUUUAAGACUAACAACUACAUGAGUCCCACCUUUUGUGACCAUUGUGGGAGUUUGCUAUGGGGUCUCGUCAAACAGGGCCUCAAAUGUGAAGACUGUUCCAUGAAUGUCCAUCAUAAGUGUCAAACUAAAGUGGCCAACCUGUGUGGCAUCAACCAGAAACUAUUGGCAGAGGCUCUAACUCAAGUCAGUCAGAAAUCCACUAAGCGUCCGGAACCCAACAGCCAGGAUGUUGGGGUGUACCAGGAUUAUAACAAAACCCCAGGACUAGAUGUUAAUGAUGGGGCUCCUUAUGGGCUUCUGUGGGAGGGAUCGAGUCCUCGCCCACCGUCUAAAAUCACCCACCAAGCACGUAUCACUGCUGAGCAUUUUAUUUUUCAUAAAGUACUGGGCAAGGGAAGCUUUGGAAAGGUGUUUUUAGCCGAGUUAAAGGGCUCUAGUGAAUGGUUUGCAGUAAAGGCGUUGAAGAAAGACGUGGUGUUGAUUGACGACGAUAUCGAGUGCACCAUGGUAGAAAAACGUGUGCUUGCUCUCGCCUGGGACAAUCCGUUCCUUACACAUCUCUACUCCACUUUUCAGUCCAAGGAGCACUUGUUCUUUGUGAUGGAGUAUCUGAAUGGUGGAGACCUGAUGUUCCAUAUACAGGAAAAAGGCCGUUUUGACCUGUUCAGAACCACGUUCUAUGCAGCUGAAAUCGUUUGUGGCCUGCAGUUCCUCCAUUCCAAAGGCAUUAUUUAUAGGGAUCUUAAGCUGGAUAAUGUGAUGUUAGAUGGCAACGGACACAUAAAAAUAGCUGAUUUUGGCAUGUGCAAGGAGAAUGUGUUCGGGGAGAAUCGGGCCACAACGUUCUGUGGAACUCCAGAUUAUAUUGCUCCUGAGAUUCUGCUGGGUCAGCAGUACACGUUCUCUGUAGACUGGUGGUCAUUUGGCGUUCUGGUGUAUGAGAUGCUGAUUGGUCAAUCUCCAUUCCACGGCGAUGAUGAGGACGAGCUGUUUGAAUCGAUCCGAAUGGAUACACCUCAUUAUCCACGCUGGAUCACAGCGGAUACAAGAGACAUGCUGGAAAGGCUCUUUGAGCGUGACCCAUCACGCCGAUUAGGGAUUGUGGGAAAUGUACGAACCCAAUCGUUCUUUAAGACUGUCAAUUGGUCUGCUCUGGAAAGGAGAGAAGUUGACCCACCCUUCAAACCAAAAGUGAAAGCUCCAAAUGACUGCAGUAACUUCGACCGUGAGUUUUUAAGCGAGAAACCCCGUCUCUCACACUGCGAGAAAGGUCUGAUUGAUUCCAUGGACCAGAGUGCUUUCGCUGGCUUUUCAUUCAUAAAUCCAAGAAUGGAGCAUCUUCUGAAAAAGUGAAAAAUGUACAGUUUUGAUCAAGAUAAGAUCUAGUAUGAUCCUGUCAUUAUAAUAUUCAGUCAGAUUAUUGUUGUUAUACCCAAACCAACAAGGAGCACUCCUGCAAAUCUUCAUAAAGGUAAUAGUUGAAAGACAUAAAAGCUGCCCAGUCAUCUGUUAAUGGGGCCUGUUAAAACGAUAUGAAUUUCAAGCCUGUAUGGUCUCCUUACAUUGUGUCAGUGAGAUUGCAUUUCUGUUGGAUUUCAGGGUGCCCCAAUCUUGGUGCAAUUUUUAACUUGUCCUUGCAAAGUUAGGAUGUCAAGAAUUAACUUAUAUAGGUCGUAGUACAAACUUUAGUACAACUAGAAAUGCAUGAACAGUGCUGUUUGUUCAUUCUGGGAGAAAAGCUGUUCAAAGAAGUGUAAAAAAAUAAAACCAAUAAGGUCAGAUUAUAUACAAGUAUUGUUUAAAUCAACAUCUGCAUGCUACAACUAUGGUGUAUGUUUCUGCUAUGAUGUGUGUCGGUUCCAGAUGUGUGUGUGUGUGUGUACAUAAUUAAAUUUGUGCAACCAGAAUUUGUAUUGCAAUAGUAUUAAAUAAUAAAUAUAUUGUAUUUUAAUUAGUAUGGAAAAAGUCUGUGGUACAGAGGUAUUGCUAUCCUUGCAAUAGUGUGUCAUGUGUUUGAUGUUUUAGUGUGUAUAUUGUUGUUUUUAAGAUUUUUUUAAUAAAAUGUACUUAAGAAA